UGCCAUUUUAUGGAAUUUGAAUUCCUCAUUCAACUUCAUUGAAGUUUCCAAGAACUUUCACAAACAUUAUAAAAACUGAAAAAAUUUGACUGAAUCACACUCAUGAUUUCUUACCAAAGAUCAUAAGAUAAUAUAAAGUCCUAACAAUUUUAGCUAAACAAAAAAACCACAUCUAAGUUGAAAAGAGAAAUGGAAGUGGAAAAACAAAAAUCAAAUAGGAUUGUACUAGUCCCUUGUCCAUUUCAAGGUCACAUAAACCCAAUGUUUGAAUUAGCCUCACUUCUUUACUCAAAGGGCUUUUCUAUCACAAUUGCUCACACCCAAUUUAACUUUCCAAAUCCAUCAAAUCAUCCUUGUUUCUCUUUUCUUCCUAUACCAGAUGAUCUCUCUCAAGUUCAAGCCUCUUCUUCUAAUUUUAUAGCAUUGUUGUUAGCUCUUAAUGAUGAUAUCGCGAUGCCUCUUCGAGAGAUAUUGGUUCAUCAACAACAACAAAGUGAUGAGAUUUUGUGCAUUAUUUAUGAUUCUAUUAUGUAUAAAGUAGCAGAGGUGGCUAACAAUCUUAAUAUUCCUAGUGUCAUUUUGGAAACUAGCAGUGCUAGCCUUUUUUGGACUUAUGCUGCUUUUCACAGACUUGAAGCUGAAGGUUAUUUUCCGUUAAAAGACUCAAUUGCCGAAGACUUCGUGCCUGGACUUGAUCCACUCAGGUUCAAAGAUCUUCCCAUCUUCAAUUUCCCAAAUGUUGAUGAUUUGUUACAUUUGAUUAGGACAACAUCAGACAUCAGAACUUCCUCAGCCAUAAUCUGGAACACAACAGAGUGUCUUGAACAACCAAUCCUAGAAAAACUCAAACAACAUUACCAGAUCCCAUAUUUUCCAGUAGGUCCAAUGCACAAAUCUAUUAAGAAUAUUACUAAUAGUUCCUUAAUAACAGAAGACAGAAAUUGCAUAAUGUGGCUAGAUAAGCAAGUUGCAAAGUCCGUGCUUUAUGUCAGCAUUGGAAGUUUAGCUUCAAUUGCUGAAAGAGAAGUAACAGAAAUAGCUUGGGGAUUAGUGAAUAGUAAUCAGCAUUUUUUGUGGGUAAUUCGAUCCGGUUCAAUUACUGGAAGUGAUUUGAAAUUAGUAUUCCAUGAGAAAAGUUUGAAAGAAGCUAUUGAUAAAAGAGGUUAUAUUAUGGAAUGGGCACCACAAAAGGAAGUAUUGGGACAUUUUGCAAUAGGAGGUUUUUGGAGUCAUUGUGGAUGGAAUUCGACUCUAGAGAGUAUUUGUGAAGGGGUUCCAUUGAUAUGUAGGCCUUGUUUUGGGGAUCAAAAUGUGAAUUCGAGGUACGUGAGUUAUGUUUGGAAGGUGGGGAUUGUGUUGGAGAAUGAGUUGGAGAGAGGGGAAAUUGAAAGAGUUGUGAGGAAACUAAUGGUGAGUGAUGAAGGGGAGGAGAUUAGGCAAAGAGCUAUGGAUUUUAAAUUGGAAAUAGAGAAUAGUGUUGCUGAAAAUGGUACUUCUUAUAAGUGCUUGGAUGCUUUGGUGAAGUUUCUUUUGUCACUUUGAUCGCAAAGACACAUAUGCACUUGCGUGACACUUAUAAUAAUGUGUGUUUUAGUAUGUCCGUAAAGAACUGCUCUGCUCUUUGUUAAGUAAGGUGAUGGUGCCGUAAUUUUUAUUUUUUUUCCUUUCCUGGCUAGUAACUUCGAAAAAAUAAAUGCAAUAUGUACGUUUAUAUCAUUUUUACUUAUAAUCUGGAAACUGUUGUUCAUAAUUA